CCAGAGCGUACGGUCACAUGCUCGGACUGGUCGACGUCUACGUUAAUGGCAUCAAGCAUCCAAUAAGUACAGUACGGUAAGUGUACAUGUAUUUCAUGAUCUUUUGCAAUUCUAGGCUACAGAUAUCAAUAUCUGAGAACAGGCCCACCGCUCCGGCUCCACAUCGGCCGGCAUUCAGUCUCGGUAGUAGUUGAUAGCGCAGCGAUGUCGAUGAAGCUUGAAAAUUUCACCCUCGAACGUUACCAUGAACACCUUAUCAUUCACUGGCGCAAUUCUUGUCCUUGUUGGCUUAUACGCGUACCACGUGAGUGCUAGCGACAAGAGGCUAGAUAAAUAUCCCGGUCCUUUCAUUGCACGUUGGACCACUCUCUAUAAGAAAUACUUCGAAACCAUCAUGCAUGGGGCGUGGGUGGAUGAGGUUGAGCGACUCCACCGCCUAUAUGGCCCGAUUGUCCGAGUAGGCCCGAAAGAGCUCCAUUUCAGUAACCCCGACGCCUACAAUGAUAUAUACGCUGUCGGAUCAAGAUUCGCAAAAGACCCAGACACAUAUUCAGCUGUCACGUCGUUCUUACAUCUUUUUGGCGUUUUAGACCCACAGGAAGCCUUAACCAGGAGGACAAUGAUACAACCAUACUUUUCGAAGCGUUCAGUUUCCGAUCGAACAUGGUUGGUUCAACAAAAGGUCGAUCAAUAUCUCGACGAAUUACUUCUCAAGCACGCGAAAGACAAGGUGCCAGUCGAUUUGGAAUACGCUCUCCGACCAUUUUUUUCGACAACGAUUGCCACGUUCGCCUUCCCCGACCUGGAACAGUGCCAUGCCUUGACAACCUCUGGGCUGGCUUCGACUGUGACUGAUACACCGGAUAGGAACACGAUCUGGUUCUUGAUGAAAAAUCUGCAUCCCGUCGUCGUUAAAAUAUUGACAUCGACGACGACACGCAUCAGUUUAAAGGAAAUGGACGCCCUUGAGAUUUUGGCGGCUGACGCUCUACAAUCGUUUCCGUCCGACGUUGAGGAAACCAACGCAAACUUCUUCCACAUACUCCUCAAACGGUCUCAGUUCAAACGUCCGCCAAAUCCUCGCAAAUGGUUAGCUUCAGAAGCUUUAAACUUGAAAUUCGCCGGGGUCGAUACCACAGCAAAUCCGGUAUUCUUUGCCAUUCGUGGAGUUUUAGGUAGCCAUAAGAUUUGGGACAAGCUCACUAAUGAGUUGUAUGACGCAUGGCCAGACUUGGAAGGUCCCGCGCCCGAUCUUGUCACUUUGGAGAAGCUGCCCUACCUUACUGCUGUCAUCAAGGAAGGUUUAAGACUUUCAAUCGGUGUUAUAACACCGAUGAACAGAGUCGUCGGUGAAGACACGAUAGUUGCCGGGGAAUAUAUCCCUGCCAGAACAGUCAUUGGGAUGUCCAAUUCCUUUAUGCACCUUCAUCCUGACAUUUUCCCGGAGCCGCAUGUUUUCAAACCGGAACGAUGGCUGCAGGAAAACAGUCAGAAACUGGACAAAUACUUAGUGGUGUUUUCACGAGGUCCUAGAAGUUGUGUCGGGAUGCACUUCGCAUGGUGUAUGAUGUAUCUUUUGUUGGCAAAUAUGUUUCGGAAGUUGGAAAUAUAUCCCACUUCGGCGGACGACUUACGAGCCCCAUUCCACUUGAGGGAUGACUUUGUAUCUGUAUUUGUAGGAAAAUCUGUACAUCUACAUUUCGAACGCAAGCAAAAUUAG